CAGUACCAACCUCCGGGGUCAUUCUCGUCUUAAUUCGCGCACAGAGCAUGAAGGGAAAAUACGAGUUUCUUCUUCUUCUCACCCUCGGCCUGGUACAAAGUCAACCAUGCCAUCAUUCCGUAAGUGUAGACAUUUCAGACGGAGAUAUAAAAUGGAACGGCGAAAUAAGCAAGGACGGUGUGUUGUAUUCUUCCUCCAACUACUACCGGAAGGAUAACACGAUCUUCGGGUGCCCGUGCAACUUGAAGAAGUGCGUGAGGAAGUGUUGUGCCGUGGACGAGAUUAUGGAGAAUAAGACUUGCACUAAGUCCGAACUAAACGUUUUCAUUCCGAUCCAUGAAGUUGACAACUUCUUGUACAACUUGGACAUGAAGAACGGGACACACAAGACCUCCGACCUCUUCUACAUCCACAAUCUUUGCACAAGAAGGAUUCGUCUUGAACCUGGAGACGUAUUCUACUUACAGCCUAAUGGAAGUCUGCUUGUACCAGAUUUUGAGCUGGAUGCACCUUUGAAACCUCACGAGUACUGCCUCGAUGUCUUCAAAGAUGAUACGAUGGACAAUAUGUUCUCAGCUUUGAUAUGCGUCGAAGAAACGACUGAAGAGAAAUUGGCUGAGACAACUCGUAACAUUUAUUCUACAGGAGUAUCACUCGACGAUCUGGCCAAGAUUGACGUUUCUCACAAGUGUAUCAUCAUCCCAGCCUGCAUGGAUUUCGCAGAGUUUUGAUAAUGUAAACAGACGACUCAACAAAGGAUGCGCUAACUCGGUUCUUCUGGC